UGGUACAGCCUCCGCGCUCUGUCAUGGCGGCGUCCAGUGUUCAAGCCGGUGUGAAGGGACAGGAUGUUAGGGUUUUUGUCAGCGAGACAGACCGGUUUGGAAGACCCUCUUCGCCUCCGGAGAGCGGAGUCCACACGGAGGGUUUUGGGACUGGAGUUAAACAAAGACAGAGAUAUUGAAAGGAUCCAUGGCAGUGGAGUUAAUACCCUUGACAUUGAACCUGUUGAAGCAAGAUACAUGUUAUCAGGUGGUUCAGAUGGUGUGAUUGUACUUUAUGACCUUGAGAACUCCAGCAGACAACCUUAUUACACAUGUAAAGCAGUGUGUUCCGUUGGCAGAAACCAUCCUGAUGUUCACAAAUACAGUGUGGAGACUGUACAGUGGUAUCCUCAUGACACUGGCAUGUUCACAUCAAGCUCAUUUGAUAAAACUCUGAAAGUGUGGGAUACAAAUACCUUACAAACUGCAGAUAUAUUUAAUUUUGAAGAAACAGUUUAUAGUCAUCAUAUGUCUCCAGUUGCCACCAAGCACUGUUUGGUAGCAGUCGGUACUAGAGGGCCCAAAGUACAACUUUGUGACUUAAAGUCUGGAUCCUGUUCCCACAUUUUACAGGGUCACAGACAAGAAAUAUUGGCAGUUUCUUGGUCGCCACGUUGUGAAUAUAUCUUGGCAACUGCAAGUGCUGACAGCAGAGUAAAAUUAUGGGAUGUCAGGAGAGCAUCAGGAUGUUUAUUUACUCUUGAUCAGCAUAAUGGAAAAAAGUCACAAGCUGUUGAAUCAGCAAACACUGCUCAUAAUGGGAAAGUUAAUGGCUUAUGUUUUACAAGUGAUGGGCUUCACCUCCUUACUGUUGGUACGGAUAAUCGAAUGAGACUCUGGAAUAGUUCCAAUGGAGAAAACACACUGGUAAACUAUGGAAAAGUUUGUAAUGACAGUAGAAAAGCAUUGAAAUUCACUGUCUCCGAUGGCUGCAGUUCAGAAUUUGUUUUUGUGCCAUAUGGUAGCACCAUUGCUGUUUAUACAAUUUACUCAGGAGAACAGAUAACUAUGCUUAAGGGACAUUAUAAAAGUGUUGACUGCUGUGUAUUUCAGUCUCAUUUCCAGGAACUUUAUAGUGGUAGCAGAGACUGCAAUAUACUUGCUUGGGUUCCAUCCUUAUAUGAACCAGUUCCUGAUAAUGAUGAGCCUACAACCAAAUCACAGUUAAAUCCAGCAUUUGAAGAUGCAUGGAGCAGCAGUGAUGAGGAAGGAUGACCAUCAAUCCUGAGUACCUCUGUGUCUCUGUUGAUGAAACUUUUAAAAUGCGACUGUUUUGUGUAAAGUUGAUGCCACCAUUGUUCUCCAAGAUGUGGACUGUAGCUCCUCUAAGGUUGAUUGGGACGUCCUGGACAAGGGCGCUGCGGCUCACAACAGACACCACUCAAGACCACCAGGAGCUUAUUGGACAACAUUUAGAAGAUUUAAAAAAAAGAAAGAAAGAGAAAAAAUUGAGCUGCCUAGAAAUACAAGUCCUUCUAAAGGAUUCUGUUUUUUAAAAGGUGGGAGUGUGAGGCAAGGACUGAUUACUCUGUGCACUGGGCCAUCCCAGGGAAAAGUUACCUAGAGAUACCUGGGCCCUGCUUUUCCUCUUAUCAGCCAGAAAAAGAAAGUGAAAACUGAAUCUUCAGAGGGCAAAAGCCUGAAAAAGGGAGAAAACAAAGGAAAAAUGACUGACACUAUAGGUAGUCACAAGCCCAGGGGAAAAAAACAGGGACUUUCAGUCUUAGAUACUAAGCAAAUACCAGUCUAGCAAACACAGUGCUGGUCCUAAAUUACUUACUGAUAUAAAAACAAAAGCAAGGGGCGCCUGGAUGGCUCA